CAACGUUCACUCUCUGUUUCUCUUUGUCUGUUCUUCAGAAUCAAAUUAAACCAAUUCCCCUUCUAACUACUAAAAAUCUCCAUUUUUGAUCCUUUGUUUAACUACCCUCUUUUUUAUUCAAGAACCCCAGAUUGUCUCCUUCUUUCUUUCCUUUCGUUUUCGUGUUUAUAUUACAGAAAUCCCAGAGAGAAAACCAUAUCAUAUUUCUGGGUUUCUUUGUUUUUCUGCAAACAAUUCAAGUAAAUCAAGUUUAUUUUUUUAAAUGGUGGUGAAGAUGAUGAAGUGGCGACCAUGGCCGCCACUGGUUUCGAAGAAGUACGAGGUGAAGUUAAUCGUAAGGAGGCUAGAAGGGUGGAACCCGGUGAGGGAAGGUUCAGAGAAUCCGGAGAAAUUAACGGCGGAGAUUCGAUGGAAAGGUCCAAAGGCUUCCCUCGGUUCUUUGAGGCGAACGGUGAAGAGGAAUUUCACGAAAGAAGUCGACGGCGUUGACGAGAAUGGUGUCGUUUUGUGGGACGAGGAGUUUCAAACCCUUUGUAGCUUAUCGGCUUAUAAAGACAAUGUAUUUCAUCCGUGGGAGAUCGCUUUCUCUGUCCUCAACGGAUUGAACCAGGGGCCUAAGAACAAGUUUCCUGUCAUCAUCGGGACAGCAUCGUUGAAUCUCGCAGAAUAUGCUUCUUCUGAGAAGAAAGAGUUUGAGUUGAAUGUCCCGCUUAAAGUCUCUUCCGCUGCCGCUGAGUCCGGUCCGCAACUUGACAUAUCACUUAGCUUGUUGGAACUACGAACUGCUCAAGAAACUGUUGAUUUGGUACAAAGAGCACUAGUGCCGGUUGCAUCACCUGUCCGGUCUGGAGAAACGGUCUCGAUGGAAAAGGAUGAGCUUUCUGUGAUUAAAGCUGGCCUUAGGAAAGUGAGAAUUUUUACAGAGUAUGUUUCUACCAGGACAGCUAAAAAGGCCUGUCGAGAGGAUGGGGGAAGUGAAGGAAGGUGUUCCGCCAAGAGUGAUGAUGGUGAGUAUCCAUUGGACACGGAUUCACUCGAUGAUUUUGAGGAAGGAGAAUCGGAUGAGGGAAAGGAUGACUCUAUUGUCCGGGAGUCGUUUAGUUAUGGUUCUCUGGCAUAUGCAAAUUAUGCUGGAUCAUUUUACUCCAGCAUGAAGAUCAACGAGGAAGGUGAAGAUUGGGUGUACUACAGCAACCGUAAGCACGAUGUUGGCUCCUCUAACAUCGAGGAUUCUACUGCAUCAGUGUCGGAGCCAACCGUGCUAACUAGUUCGAAGCGCAGAAUUUUGCCUUGGAGGAAAAGGAAGCUGAGCUUCAGAUCUCUGAAAGUUAAAGGGGAGCCGUUGUUGAAGAAAUCCUAUGGAGAUGAAGGUGGGGAUGACAUUGAUUUUGAUCGCCGUCAACUUAGCUCCGAUGAAUCUCUUGCACUUGGGUGGUACAAGACGGAUGAAGAUUCGUCUGCAAAUCAUUCAUCGGUUUCUGAAUUUGGGGAUGAUAAUUUUGCUAUUGGCAGUUGGGAACAAAAAGAAGUGGUAAGCCGUGAUGGACACUUGAAGCUUCAAGCACAAGUCUUCUUUGCAUCUAUCGAUCAACGGAGUGAGCGAGCAGCCGGUGAAAGUGCAUGUACUGCCCUUGUUGCUGUCAUUGCCGAUUGGUUUCAGAAUAACCGUGAUUUGAUGCCUAUUAAGUCUCAAUUAGAUAGUUUGAUCAGAGACGGAUCAUCGGAAUGGAGGAACCUCUGUGAGAAUGAAACAUACAGGGAGCGGUUCCCCGACAAGCACUUUGAUCUUGAGACGGUUCUCCAAGCAAAACUACGUCCUCUUACUGUAGUUCCAGGAAAAUCCUUUAUCGGUUUUUUCCAUCCGGAGGGAAUGGAUGAGGGAAGAUUUGAUUUUCUGCACGGUGCAAUGUCGUUUGAUAACAUCUGGGAUGAGAUUAGUCGUGCCAGUGAAGAAUGUCUUAACAAUGGCGAACCACAGGUUUACAUCGUUAGUUGGAAUGACCAUUUUUUUAUCCUUAAAGUCGAAGCGGAAGCUUACUACAUAAUUGACACAUUGGGAGAGAGGCUCUAUGAGGGAUGCGAACAAGCUUACAUCUUGAAAUUCGACAGCAAUACCGAAAUCCACAAGCUACCAAAUACGACUCAAUCAUCAGAUGAUAAACCAUCCGGCGAGCAGCAGACAGCAACGGCUGCGACCGAACCAAAGAGUUCACAGGUUCAACAGGUCAAUGGGAAGGAGGACGGUUCUGUUGCAGGGUCCGUAGUAACCAAACCCGAGGAAUCGGUAAAAAGCGAGGACGUUGGGGAGGUUGUUUGCCAAGGAAAGGAGUCUUGCAAGGAAUACAUGAAGAGCUUCUUGGCUGCUAUACCUAUUAGGGAAUUGCAGGUAGAUAUCAAGAAGGGUUUAGGGGCAUCAACACCGUUACAUCACCGACUACAGAUUGAAUUCAACUAUACUGAGUUCUUCCAACCGCCGCCCGAGACUUCCGCCCUGAUGACAACCGCUACUCAAAUGACAACAGCCGAACCAUUGCUGACUGAUGCUCCGUUAACAGAAGUUGCUUCAUAGAGACUUACAGUAAAUUCUAGGAAAAAUGUUUACAGAGGAACCCGUUUGAGCUUUUUUCUCUACUAUGUUAUUCGGAUUUGAGUAUGAAUGUUGAAUAUGAACAUAUUUUUAA